ACAGUACCUAUGCGCACCUAGCGCACACUUCGCGCGCAGAGAAGCUUGUGCUUAAUGCGACAUGUCUUCCGAUAGUAGAACAUAUUUUCGGCCGAAAACCACGCACCAUCACUCUGGAAGCAGAGUCGCUUCGUCGUACGAGCAUGAUGAUGUUUUCGUGCUGUCGCGGAUAUGAAUAGCGAGAGAAAUUGUUAAAACUGACGAAUGGCAGUAGAAAUACUUGACGCCGACCAUUUGGCCAUAUCUGCCAUCGUCACCGUCGGACUGCAAUUUAUUUUCUUUGUCAUCGCAGCGACGUUUCAUUUCGACAAGUUAACAGAUUUCGCUGGUGGUGCCAACUUUAUUAUACUGGCCUUGACUGUAUUUAUUCUGUCACAGACAUAUAGCCCAAGGCAAUGCCUCAUCACUGGUCUCGUCUGUCUGUGGGGUGUACGUCUAUCAACAUUCCUUCUUUUCCGGAUCAUAAAAAUUGGUAGAGAUGAGAGGUUUCAAGAAGCUAGCAAGAAUAUUGCCCGUUUCGCCAUCUUCUGGACCUUCCAGGCGGUGUGGGUGUACACUGUCAGCCUGCCUGUCAUCUUUGUAAACUCCCCGCGCAAGGCUGAGCCCCUGACGGAUGCCACCAUGACCCGGCUUGACAUGGCUGGCACUAUUGUGUUUGUCAUUGGCUUCCUCUGCGAGGCCAUGGCAGACGCCCAGAAGUACAGCUACCGGCAGAACACGUCCAAUGCCAGGCAUUGGUGCGACGUUGGGUUGUGGAAGUACUCGCGGCACCCCAACUACUUUGGGGAAAUCACGCUGUGGUGGGGAAUCUUCCUGAUCUCCACCAACGUGCUUAGGGGGGCCGAGUGGGUGGCCGUACUCAGCCCCCUUUUCAUCACAGCCAUCAUCCUUUUUCUUAGUGGAGUGCCCCUGCUGGAGAACAGCGCCGACAUACGCUAUGGCUGCAUGGAGGAGUACCAGCGGUAUAAGCGAACCACCAGCCCCUUGGUGCCACUGCCUCCAGGUCUCUACAGGGAGGUGCCAUCUUGCUUCAAGUGUCUGAUUUGUUUUGAGUUCCCCAUUUACACAAAUUCAAAGGCCAUUGCAACAUCCAUAUAAUAUAAGUUGCAUUGGCAAUACAUCCUCUCUACAGGAAAGCAAAGGCGGUCGUAGUGUGCUGCCAUGGGAUAGAAAGAAGCAUUUACAUGAAGUCCACUACAGUAAUCUCCACUAAGAGACAAUUUAACAGAGUGGCAGUUUCUGGCUAAUUAAUAACGCAUACUGAGUUAAUGAAAUUUAUAGCAUGGACAAAGACACAGACUAGAGGAUAAAGUGCUGUGCAUUUAAACCCACCAGUCGGUGUCUUUGUUCCUAUUUGUCUUUUUAUUUCUACUGAAGUUAUUUAUGCCUAGCGACCCACAGCAGAAAGGGGAAAAUAUAUGUAUACACUUUUGUUUAUGUUUUAAUUGAGAAUCUACAUAAAAGCUGGUUUCCAGUGUUUUAAUGUUCUACUGUACAUUUGUAUAUACUGCAUUUCGUGUUCGAAUAUCGAGCAAAAUGCGUGCAUUCAGGGGUAGUGACAAUACAAGUCUUCACGAGACUCAUACCUCCAUUGCGCAUGUUCUGUUUGUGAUAUGUCUUAUGUGCCACAAAGGGUGCGCUUUCUUCUUGUUAGGGUACAAAGUGGGUGUGUCGGUAAAGAUCCAAUGCUGGAUCAUUUCUUGGAAGUCAGCGCUUUGUCCCAUCUCGUCUUCUUUCCUUCUGUUAAUUCAGUGCACUGAUCUUUUUUCAUAGUGGUGCUUUCUUCUGUCUCGUGAACAAACUUAUCAGCAUGUAUGUUCUGUUUUAGAAAGCAGUAAGUCUGCAGUUGGCUGCUCAGCUUGCUCAAGAUGGAUUUGCAGAUU